CCGCCGGCCUCCGCCGCCCCCCGCCGCCGUCCUGCUCGCCCUGCUCCUGCUCCUGGCCGGGCCGCUCGGCGGGGCCCGCGCUUUGACAUGUCUGUGCUCUGACUGCAAACAAGCCAACUCCACGUGUGAGACGGACGGCGCCUGCAUGGUCUCGGUCUUCAACCUGGAUGGUGUCAAACACCAUGUUCGGACCUGCAUUCCUGAGGCAAAAUUGAUUCCUGCUGGGAAACCCUUCUACUGUCUGAGUUCAGAGGAUCUGCGUAAUACUCACUGCUGCUACUCCGAUUUUUGCAACAAAAUUGAUUUAAUGGUUCCCAGCGGACACCUGAAAGACAAUGAGCCCCCAUCAAGCUGGGGUCCCGUGGAGCUGGUGGCGGUGAUUGCCGGGCCCGUCUUCCUCGUGUUUGUUGUAAUGAUCAUUGUAGUCUUUGUGUUCCAUCACCACCAACGAGUCUACCACAACCGCCAGCGGCUGGACAUGGAAGACCCUUCUUGUGAAAUGUGCCUUUCCAAGGAUAAGACCUUGCAAGAUCUGGUCUAUGAUCUCUCCACCUCCGGCUCUGGCUCAGGCUUGCCUCUGUUUGUCCAGCGGACCGUGGCUCGGACAAUUGUCCUUCAGGAGAUCAUCGGCAAAGGCCGCUUUGGGGAGGUGUGGCGGGGCAGGUGGCGUGGAGGUGACGUGGCUGUGAAGAUCUUCUCUUCACGUGAGGAGCGUUCCUGGUUCAGGGAAGCAGAGAUAUACCAAACUGUGAUGCUGCGGCACGAGAACAUCCUGGGAUUUAUUGCUGCGGAUAACAAAGAUAAUGGGACAUGGACUCAGCUGUGGCUCGUCUCUGACUACCAUGAGCACGGGUCUCUCUUUGACUACCUGAAUCGGUACACGGUGACUAUCGAGGGCAUGAUCAAGCUUGCCCUGUCUGCUGCCAGUGGGCUGGCCCACCUGCACAUGGAGAUCGUGGGCACUCAGGGAAAACCUGGGAUCGCUCACAGAGACCUGAAGUCCAAGAACAUCUUGGUGAAGAAGAACGGCACAUGUGCCAUCGCUGACCUGGGCCUGGCCGUCCGGCACGACUCCGUCACGGACACGAUUGAUAUCGCACCAAAUCAAAGGGUCGGCACCAAACGAUACAUGGCCCCAGAAGUCUUGGAUGAAACCAUCAACAUGAAGCAUUUUGAUUCAUUUAAAUGUGCCGAUAUCUACGCCUUGGGCUUGGUCUACUGGGAGAUUGCUCGAAGGUGCAACGCAGGAGGUAUCCAUGAGGAGUAUCAGCUUCCCUACUACGACCUUGUACCCUCUGAUCCUUCAAUUGAGGAGAUGCGGAAGGUCGUGUGUGACCAGAAAUUACGGCCAAACAUCCCAAACUGGUGGCAGAGCUACGAGGCACUACGGGUGAUGGGCAAGAUGAUGCGAGAGUGCUGGUACGCCAACGGAGCAGCUCGGCUCACUGCCCUCCGCAUCAAGAAAACCCUCUCCCAGCUCAGUGUCCAGGAAGAUGUGAAAAUUUAGGCUCUGAGCCUCAGCAGGAGGAAACUGCACAGGAGCUGCUGUGCUACAGUAGACAUGUGAUGGAGGCCUACCUCGUGUUUCAGCCCAACCUACUGCUACAACCAGACAGCGGGACCUGCAGGCUGCUAGGCAGGGGGACGGAGCCUACAGAAUCGCUCUCUUCCCUGCUUGGGUAUGAAACAAUCUGAAACCUUUUGUGAUCACCUCCUGAGAGCAUGGAGACUUGAGAGGGACUUUACCUGAGGGAUCUCAGCCAUGAUCGUAACUCUUUGUUCCUUUAAAGGAAAUCCCUGUAAAGUUCAGCGUGCGUUGAGCACCCACUGGCGGGGUCGGAGCCAAGCCCGGGUGCUCGGUGCCGGGAGUGGGAAGGGAAAGGGAAGGUUUUCUUGCCGUACUCUUGAGGAUUUUUCCAGGGACUGGCACGUUAAUGCAGAAAAAGCAAAACAAAUGGUGCUCUCUUCCGAGAGGCUGAGCCGGAACAGUUGAUCAGCUUCACAAAACCGUUUCCCCUCCUUUUCUUAAGCUUGAAAAAGUCCAACUCAGCGCCCUGGCGGCCGUCGGGGCGCACCGGUGUCUGCAUGCGCGGGGUGCGCGUGUCCCUGUGCCUGGUCAUCUCCUCCAUAGCCGUGCGGUGUCUGCCUGUGGGUGGCUCAUCUCUGUCCGUGCUUCCUGUGCAUGUGCAAAUCUCGAGUGUCCCGUUCGUGAGCUGUUGCGCUGGUGCUCUCCGUGCUGAGUCGUGAGCGUUGUGGAGCUUGGACGGGCUGCUGCCGAGCGGAUCCCUGGCUCCCCGAUGGGCGCCGCGGCCGUGCCGACUCCGCCGCCGGCUGCCAGAAUGUCCCAUCAGGUUGCCUCACUGCCACCCCUUCCCUUUUUUUAAGACAAAACAAAUAAGGAACUGAGAAUCGC